GAUCUCCACGCAACGCAGGAGAAGACGGGCAUGUACAAACACGAUUGGACCGCCCCCAAGGAGUCAGACAUCUCGGGCUUUGACCCGCGAUCGAUCAACUCCAUCAAUGCGUUGACGGGCGGCAAGGGCCAUGCUCCGGCGUUCUCGACGAAUCCUUUGGCGCCUCCCGAAGACUUGUGGGACGGGAAUCGGUGCGCAGACGAUGAGGAGCUUCUGGGCAAGCUGUGCUACAAGAAGUGCUCAUUGCUCACAGAUGGCAAGGCGCCUAUCCGGCUGAGCGCCUUCUCCUGCGGCAAGUCCAGGGGCUUUGCUGACUUCUUCUCUGCGAAGGUGGUAACCCUGGUGCCCUGCGAAGGCUACGACAUUUCUGGUGACGAAGCCGGCAACGGCUGCCCACAUAAAGCCGGGACAUGCUUGGUGAACGAGGAGUUCUCCUUGGGCAAGUGCUACAAGCGAUGCGAGGACCUGACCGUGGGCCAGUAUCCCCACCGAACCAGCGCCGACACUUGCUGCAAGACGAAGAACUUCUUGGAGUGCAUUGAUCCCUCCAACAGCCAUUUCAGUUUCGGGUUCAACGUCGGUGGCGGCAAGGGCGCGGAGUCCAAGAGCCAUUCGCCGAACACGAAGUACACCGAGCUCGGCCAUUAA